GCCAGAACUACCUGGUGUUCACCCGCACGUGCCGCAAGUUUCUGGCGUCCUUGGUGCGCAGCCGGAAAUUCGACAUUUUGUUCGACAACGUCUACUUCCAAGACCACAGUCUCGGUUGCAUCCCCGCGGGGGCGGAGUUGUUCCUGACCACUUCGUCUAGUUCAUCCGGUAACCACUUCACGGGUCAGGCGACGGGGAACAACAUUAACCUCAGAACGUCGAAAAUUGAAAGACACAGGAACAAGCAGAGCAAGAAGAUGCAAUUUUAUCAGCAGCAAAAAAUCUUCGAAUCGGAACAGUUGAAGGAGAUCCUCGGCAACGAGAUGAUCCGCUUCUUGAAAGAGAACAACCGGCACAACAGCUGGGCCUGUUUGUACCUGCAAGUCGCGCUGUACCACUUGUGUUGGACAACCAUCGGGCGGGUCACGGUCCCGUAUAAAACCACCACCACCGGGUCGCUCGUGCCGCUCGGAGGGGUUGUCGGGGACCCGGAGCAGAAAAAUUAUGCAGCCGGCGCGCAUUUACUGCAAAACACCGCAGCCGCGCUGGGAGUUGGCUCGUUCAACAACGACUUUUGGGACGACUACUUGAAUUAUGAAUCGCAAUAA